CCCCACUCCUCCCCACUCUUGUGUGCGAUAGAGAAUUCAGCAUAUGAUUGUCGAUCGCAGAAGAAGAAUUCUGGUUCGAAUGACAAUUCUGCACCACCUGAUCCCCCCGUGAAUAGGGGGCGACGACGAUCCAAAUGGCGGACGCAGAUGACUUCGAAACGGGGGACCUCUUCAAGGAACCCGAGGGCUUCUACGAGCCUGAAAAGGAGCCCACCUUCGCCGAGCACCACAUGCUCUCCGGCCAAACGGUGCGCGUGCGCUUAGUUGGAGACCAUCCUCUUUAUGGUAACCUCCUCUGGAACGCCGGCCGAACAACCUCCCAUUACAUCGAAGAACGUGCGCACGAGCUCAUCGCCGGCAAAGAUGUGCUCGAGAUCGGCGCUGCUGCCGGCGUCCCUAGCAUUACCGCCGCGGUCAUGGGCGCCCGCACUUCCGUGAUGACCGACUACCCGGAUCCCGAUCUCGUCGGUAACAUGCGUUAUAAUGCGGAGAUCUCCGCGCCGUUGAUCCCCAAGAACUCAUCCCUGCAUGUCGAUGGAUACAAGUGGGGGGCUCCGGUGGAACCGUUGUUGGCGUACCUGCCGGAUGGGUCGACGGGUUUCGAUGUCUUGAUCAUGGCGGAUGUGGUGUACAGCUGGCGGGAACAUGGCAAUUUGAUCAAGACGAUGCAAAUGGCGCUGAAGAAGUCGCCCGAUUCCGUCGCCUUGGUGAUCUUCACCCCGUAUCAACCGUGGCUUCUGCCCAGGACCGAGACGUUCUUUCCGUUGGCGGAGCAGAAUGGGUUUCGUGUGACGAAGAUCUUUGAGAAGCUUAUGGAUGCGGUCCUGUUUGAGAAUGAUCCUGGUGAUGAGAAGCUUAGGAGGACCGUUUUUGGAUACGAGAUUAGAUGGGCCGACGAUCAGCUCAAAUAGACGAUGCAUAGACUAUAUACUAUGGCGUUGGUUGGGGAAAAUAGCAUUGGAAGGUUUCAUAAUGCAUGAAGCGACGAAUCAGGAAAAUGGUGCAGAUGACCGACUUAUUUGGAGUAUAAUAAGUCGUUGACGUACUAGCAUAAAAGUCUUGAUUAUU